AUAAGUAUUUGUAUGUGCAUGUUUUUUAAUUAAAAAAAAAAAUUCUUUAAGCAUUGUUUUACUUUGAGGAUGACAAUGUAAAAUUGAAGACAAAGUCUGAAAUCGUUCAUACUCUAUUUCAAAAAGUUUGUUUUGGCUUAUUACUAAUAGCCACAUCAUCUUCAAGCAGGUGUCCUCCCACCUCCGUGGGAUGGUAACCCACUUGGCGAUAACCAAGACAGGACUUCCUUUUUUGGCGGGAACUGGAAGGGCGCCUUUUUUAAACAAUUUUUUCAAUAAAUUCAAAUAAGUUGGUAAACUAACGAAAUACCUAGCUGGGACUAGUCAUAAUGGAGCCGGAGAGCGGCGGAGAUGACGAUGGGUGUAUGCCGACACCGCGGACAACAAAGAAGCGAAAAAUGAAGGAGCAGCUUCCAGCGGCAUCUUCGUUACCGGACGAUAAGUACAAACCCUAUUUUAAACAUGAAUAUAAGAGGUCAUAUCCGGACAACAGCUCAAAGGAGGAAUUCCCGAUCUAUGUUGAAGGAAUGAAUGAGAAAAUUGGGAACAAAAACCCCUUAUAUCUUUCGAAAUUUUUUAAAAAUGUAAAGGGCAUAGUUGAAAAGCGUAGAAUAAAUGCGAACAAAAUAAUGGUAGUCUUCAAACAGGCGGUAGCAGCAAAUGACUUCCUAAGCCAUAGUUGUCUUAAGGAAAACAAUUUGAAGGCGUACAUACCAGCAGCGUCGGUGAAGAGAACUGGCACUAUUAGAUUCGUCGACAAGGAGUCCAGCAAUGCAGAACUAUAUGAAAAACUGAUGGCGGAUGCCGAAAUUAUAGCUGUGAGACGGUUCACCAAAAAAGUAGGUAAGGAAAUAGUCCCUCUCAAUACAGUGAGUGUAACAUUUGUAGGCACUUCCCUCCCACAAUAUGUUUUUUUGGACAAGUGGAGGUACAGGGUAUACACUUAUGUGCCACCACUGAUGCAAUGCUUCAAGUGCAUGAAGUUUAGGCACAAUGCCAAAAUAUGUAGAAAUGAUGAGAUAUGUUCAAGAUGUUCAGGUGCACAUUCCUACAAGGAGUGCACAUCAGACAUCUUGAAGUGUUGCAACUGUGGUGGGGACCACCUAGCAAUAUCUAAGUUUUGUCCCAUUAAAAUAGAACAACGUAAGAGACAUGAAACAAAUUACUUGAACAGAAUGUAUUCAACAGUAAUAUCAAACAAAGAUUUUCCUGUGUUGCCCAAAGCGAAAACAGACAAAUCAUUGACAUUUGCAUUGAAAACUAUGUCUACCCCGGUUAAGAAAAUUGAAAAUAGUCAUGAGCUCCCUAUCACAGCAUCUGUUUCAACCGUUCAAACACCAAUUACUAACUCCAACACCUUAACCUAUGACCACCUUGUAAAAGAUGAUAUCUUUUUACAAAAAAUAAUAAAAACCUUAGUUAUGUUAGCUAAUUCAAAUAAAACAAACACAACCACACACAUUAAAGAUAUAUUGAUAGAAAAUCUUACCAAAUAAUGGCUGUUUUAAAAAUAAUGCAACAUAAUAUUCAGAGUGUCAAUAAUAAAAAGGCUUUACUUAAAUCAUCAUUAAUUCAAAAUAACAUAGAUGUGUGUCUUCUCAAUGAAACCUGGUUAAAAAAUUCAAACCCAUAUUUAUCAAUCUCUGGCUAUAACUACAUAGGAAAAAAUGCAAAAAAUGAACAUGGUGGUGUAGGUAUUUUAAUCCGUAACUACAUUAAGUAUAAACAUCU